AUGUACGAAGGCUCGGCUAUUCCUAGUUCAUUGCUUCCCCAGAUGAAUUCCAUCUGGUUAGAUGAGGAUCAAGAGGCUGAAAAAAUAUAUGGCAUUCAAUCAGAACAAUUUAUGCUAAAUGAUGAAGAGACUCCAUAUGGAGUCACAAUUGUAAAUAGUGAUAAGCCAUUAUUACAAAAUAAAAAUAAUAUCAAGUUACCUUCAAUGACUAACAUUAAGACUACAAAUCCCAAAAAAUUUGGACAUAAGAAAAAAAAAUCAAAGGAUUUUUUAAAGAUGUUCACUGGUAAGGAUUCUUCGAAUAAAACAGAGCUUAAAACAAUAUCAUCCCCAUUCGGAUUCAAACAUAUCUCACACGCGGGGAAGAAUAUAUAUGAGCAACCAGAAUUGGUGGCGCAUGAACAAGAAAUUACUUCAAUUGAACGUCCUGUUUCUCAACAAUUAACAUCACCAAAACCUGGUCAUAUGAAAUCAUUAAGUAAAGCUUUCGUGACGGAGUCCAUCCCAUUAAAUACUUCAGAAAGCUUUAGUAGGUAUUUGAAUACUCAGAGACAUUCUGGCAAUUCUUCGAAUUUUAAGAGAAUUUCUAAUUCUACACCUGAUUCAGAGAGAAUUAUGUCUAUAUCUACUAUGGGAACAUCUGUUUUAUCAGAUGCUUAUAGUACAAAGACAACUGGUUUAACUUAUAUUGAGAAACAUUAUGCUGUGAAGCACAUGGCAACCAAAUCCGACGUAAGUGAAGUUUCAUUAGAUUUCUUAAAGAAUUAUACUUUUCCUUCGGUACUAAAAGAAGAAGAAGGAGGAGGAAUUGCCAAUACCUACAAUGUUGAAUUGUUAAAUCCAAUUUCCUCCGAACAAGAAGAUGAUCUAAAAUUCAAGUUUGAAAAAUCAUUAAAUAUAUCAUCUCCUACUUCUAAUAGACAGAGAUCAAAUUCAGAUCCAAACCUAUUAGCUACACCGCAGUUAGAGAGUACAUGGUUUGAAAAAACAUCUAGUCCAAGAAAGUCAUUGGAUGAUGAUAUUCUUAUGUACUACUUAGCUCCUAGCAGUAUGGACUCUCCUUUAUGCCGUUGA